CUGAUUCGCUGCAUGUGAAUGUACUCUGCUCCCACAAUUCAACAGGCAACAAAGGAAGAAAGGAAGAGGCCGUGAGCUACAAAGUGUUAGCCAACCUAGGUUGAAAGAUGUCGCGUUAAUGUGUCAUUGUAGCCGUCAAUAUACUCCUGUAUGACAAUAGAAGUAUCAAUUCCGCCCAUAUCAACACUUUAUGGGUUUGUUUUGGCACAAGAGCGGACAAAAGUGAAGCAGCAAAUGAAAUGUGGUGGAUGUGGAACUUGACCCAAGCAACUGAGUCACCGUUUUCCAGCAGAUAAUGGGUUUAAUGGCUCCACUGUUCGCAUGUCAUGUUUGGUGUGGCUGGAUGGGAGGACAUUGUGGAUAGUACUUUCAUCAGGAUACCAGGAGAGCCAACCCAUGCCCCGAUUUUGGAGGGCCUGUCAGAAUGAAGAAGAUAAGCCUUAAGACCAUCCGCAAGUCCCUAAACAUAAAGGGCAAAGAGGAGGGUGACUUUGUCAUGCUCCAGCAGCCUUCUUCAGUGACUACAGAGUUUUCUAAGGACGAAUCACUUUUUGGAGGCUGCUACACCAAAGACCUUUCAGGCUGUGAUUUUGGUGGUGAGGAUGAGAAAGGAGGUCAGAACAAGAGUCGAUCAAAGAGUGAGGGUCUGAUGGGGUCACUGAAGAGGAGGCUGUCUGCCAAGCAGAAGGCAAAAGUAAAAGGCGGCUCUUCUGCUAUAUGUUCUGUAGAUGAUGACGACACCUUCUCAUCCUCCUCUGUGCCCAUAAGCUUCAAUGAGGUGAAAGCCCAGAGACCCCUUAGAUCUUCUUCCUUACGUAUUCACCAUUAUAGCCCCUCGCCUUGGCCUCUGCGGUCAGUCAACUCUGAUGAGGCGUGCAUCAAGAUGGAGGUAAAGGUUAAAGCCAUGGUUCACUCUCCUUCCCCAAGCCCCAACUUAAAUGGUGUCCGGAAAGAUUUUCAAAACUUCCAGAUGGAAGGGCUUUUUCAGGACGAAGCUGAGUCCUUAAAAAAUCUUCAGCAGAGACAGAAUGGUGAGCUGCAUCUAAACAUUAAUGAAAAUGACGUGCCUGUGGUGCUGGGGUUCACACCCCAGGACUAUAUCCCCUACACAAUGCCUUUAGAUGAGGGAAUGUACCCAGAAGGGUCCCACUCCUGCCUAGACAGCUCUACUCCCAUGGAGGUGGUGACGGAGGCAGACAGUGGGUCUCUCCACACAGACCAGGGACAGGAUGAACAUGAACUGAUUAGUGGGAUGUCUCUGGAUCCCUUCAUGGACACCUCAGUUAAUAGUAUUCUUAUUGGUUCUGCUGGUAUGAUGCUCCAAAGUUCAAGAGUAGAGGUCCCACCUCCCCUCUCACCACUCCUGCCACCCAUGACAAGUAAUGGGCAUAUCCCAAGAACAUUUUCAGGUUUCAGCUCCUCCGAUAGCCAAGUAGCCGAGAGAGUUAGACACCACCUCAACUUUGACCCAAAUUCAGCUCCCGGGGUCAGUCGGGUGUACGACUCAGUCCAGAGCAGCGGGCCCAUGGUCGUCACCAGCCUAACAGAGGAGCUGAAGAAGCUUGCAAGACAGGGAUGGUACUGGGGUCCCAUCACACGGUGGGAGGCAGAAGAAAAGUUGAUCAACUUGGCUGAUGGUUCAUUCCUGGUCAGAGACAGUUCGGAUGACAGGUACCUGCUCAGCCUGAGUUUCAGGUCACAAGGCAAAACUCUCCACACCCGCAUCGAACACUCUAACGGACGCUUCAGCUUCUACGAACAGCCUGAUGUGGAGGGACACACAUCAAUUGUUGAUUUAAUUGAACACUCUAUCAAAGACUCAGAGAACGGAGCUUUUUGUUAUUCUAGGUCUCGCCUACCAGGGUCUGCAACAUACCCUGUCAGACUAACCAACCCAGUAUCUCGGUUUAUGCAAGUGCGCUCCCUGCAGUAUCUUUGCCGCUUUGUCAUUAGGCAGUACACACGGAUAGACCUGAUCCAAAAACUGCCUUUACCUAACAAGAUGAAAGAUUAUCUGCAGGAGAAGCACUACUGAGGACACACAGACAGGACAGUGGUAGCAAUUUGCACUUUUGUGUUCAGUUAAGAGAUUUAAACAAGGUUUACAGACAACCACAGUUUUGAGAUGAUCAGUUCUGGUAGCUCUUGUGUCCAGGUGACCCUGUCACUGUCCAGUCCUCCAUUCCACUGUGUGGUUUUCCGCUGGUUUUUAGAGGCUCUACUUCCAUUAAUAAAGGCCAGCUCAAAAUCUAUUGCAGAAAUAUAGCAGAGGUGUACAGCCAGGUAAUCUCAGUUCAGUCCGUUAAGUGCAAACAUGAAGAACUUUUGUGUGGUUAUUUAUACUAUUCAGCUGUGCAAGUAGAUUUUCAUAAAUUAACUAUCUGCAUUCAAGUUGGGCCAGUUGGAAAUGAAAACGCCUCUGAAUUUGAGAAGUAAAUUUUUUAUCCAUUAAAUUGUACAUUUAGUUAUAGCGUGAAGAUGGAUGGUAUUGCUACAUCUGAUAUAAAAGUUUUUGCAGGCUGACCAGUUUUGAACAUCUUUUGUUUUAAUUUUCUAAAUGUUUUCAGACUGCAGAGUAGACAUGUCAUUUAUUAUCUCUAAUUAUCUCCAUUAAAGUUACGUAAUCACAAAUGUGAUAUAGAUACCCAUUUCUUUUUAUCCUAUUUGACAAAUGUCUAUAUACUUUAGUAUUAGAGUGGUGCUUUUGUUUUUUUAAAUAUAAAUUUUGUUUUUUAUAGCCACACCUAUCCACAAACAUAGACAUUAAAGGACUUGGAUGUUUGCUGGUUAAAAAUGCUAAUUAACUAACCAAAGCACCAUUUCAGGCAGUUUAGACUAAAUUUGAUCUCAAAAGAUGUCCAAAAUUUGCCAGUGCCUGAUCCUUUUAACAGUUUGGUCAGAGAAGUAGCUUUAAAUUUAUGGCUGCAUUAAUACAUUAGACAUCAUUUAAGCCUGAAGGUACUGAUAAUGCUGGAUUAUAAUCUUGUGCUGUUUGUAGAAAUGAAAUCAACUUAAUGUAAAAACCUUUUUUUUUCAAAAUGAGCUAACAUAAAACUUUCAAUUUUCUGCAUUAGGAAUGUUACAGGAAUGUGCACCUCAACUCAGGCCCAACAACCGUUUCACAAUCUGUACUGCUUGUAUCUGCAUGUAGUAAAGGCUUUAAGACUGUAGAGUAACUCUGGGUGAGAGAUGAUGUCAAGGCAAAAGGCGGAGAGGUUCUGGCUGUGAUGUUAACGCACGGCUCUGAGUAAAAGCUUGUUAAAUGCACAGCUGCAUUUACCUUUGGCAGUCCGUACGGAAACAACAGGGACAUUGUUACUUAAUGCCAGCAACAAACUGGACCCAGAUGAAAGAAAUCCCAAAGAUGUUAUUAGCCUAUGUAAACAGACCUGGGAAAGCCUGGGUCGAGGAGUCCUCUCAAUCUUUGAGUGAUGUCAGUAUCCAGCAUAUGACAACUAUUCAAACACAGCUGCAUGUCACCAUUAGUGUUAUAUGGGCUUUAAGGACAUAAUUUUUUAUUCGUAUGGUUUUUCAUUUUGGCCAUCACAUGCAUCUUUACAUUGUCCUCAGUCUCCACAGAGCUGCACUACCCCACAUAUUAUCUCUCUACUGGGCCGCUUUGUGCCGAGGUAAAGGGAACAGCACACAGUAUGCUACGCAAGUGCUUUAUAUGGAUACUUGACAGGGAAUUGUGUUUUCACAUUAUGAAUGAGCAUCCUUUUAGACAUCAGUGUCCUUAAAAGUAUUUGGGAAAUGGUCUUGGGGAACUUCGGUAAGUUGUUGAAGCUUAGUUGUAGUCGUAGAUAGCUGGAAAUGUUGGCAUCCGAGGGAGUUGGCCUCAAUCUGGCACAGCAGAAUUAGAUAGGAACUUUUGAAUGGUGUUGCAUGUUUAAAGACUUAGACUUUUGAAGCUUUGAGUUGUAUAGGAAUGAAGGAUUUAAGUUGUGUGUUUGGCUGUUAGAGAGAUGUUUUUUAUGUCACAAACAUGGGCUGGACAUUCUAUGUACAAGUAAUGUAUUUUUCCUUUUUAGAUUUCCUGAGUGAUACUUUUUUGUUUUGUGACGUUUGCCAUCUGAGGGAUUGGGAUGUACAAAAGGAAUGUACGCUUGUUUGAGGUAUCCAUUUUAUCUGCCUACAGACCAGUUUCAGAAAGCACGUGGAACAUUAAAAAAUAAAGGUUUAAAAAAAAAAAAAAAAAAAAUACAGUCACACUAUUUGCACUUGAACAUUCUUGACAUGCU